CAUGUCACCUGUGGAUGUAUGGAUGGGUUCUUGGAGGCCCCACCGGCCAAGGGGCCCCAUCGCUGCAAUGUAUAACAGUCCAGGGCCAAUAUAUUCUCUCCCAGGGGCAACUGGAAUGAACAACCAUGACCCGCAGAUGCAAAAAGGCCCAGCGUUUAGCUUUGGCAGGCGCCUUCGUGACUUGCAGGCCAACUUCUCCCCAGGGCCCGGAUACCUCCUCGUUCCCUCCAACAUCACCAGGGUGGGUCGGGACGGAACCCCUGCGUACUCUGUCUGCGGCCGGCGAAAGGAUAUUCAGCCCUUCCAGACCCCUGGCCCAGGCAGUUACUCACCUGAAAAGGCAAUAAAGACCACCUAUUACUUGGCCCCUGCGUUCUCCCUCUCUGCGAGAACUAAAUUGUUCCGCAAUGACCAAACACCAGGUCCAGCUGCGUACAUGCUCCCCCCAGUAUUAGGGCCAAGAGUCGUGAAUAAAACAGCCUCUCCAAAUGUCUCCUUCAGCGGUCGUAGUCCUAUUGGCAGCUUUCACGAAGAUUUACGGAAGACUCCAGGCCCAGGGACCUACCAGAUAGUAGAUUCGUGUGUGUACAGACACAAGGCCCCUCAAUACAGCAUGACUGGUCGCAACCUCAUGCCUGGGGACACUACCAAGAAACCAGGACCUGGAGCCCACCAUCCAGAAAGGGUUACUUUCACAAGAGCCAAAGCUCCCAGCUUCUCCUUUGGAAUUCGUCAUUCUGAGUACAUCGCUCCCAUAAUUGUGGAUGGUGCUGAUUAAACAGAUCCUUUCUGUAUAAUAAAUUCAGUCCAACAA